UGAGCUGCAUAGUGAAGGAAACCCGUACCUUUUUGGCACAUGCAUAUUUGGAAGAGGAACCCUUGCAGCAUCCAAAUAAGAGUGUACAAUGGGAAAGUGAAGAAACUGAAAAAGGACCUUAUUUUCUAUCCUUCUAAUUGUGAGGAGUGUGUAAUUCCAGCUAUAUUUUUUUUCAGGAGCAUUUCCCCUUGGGAUACUUCAGCAAGCCACCUUACAACAUCAGGCAACAGUGGUAGACAAAGGGUGUCCCAUUCUUACAGCUGGACUCACUUUGUCAAGAAUGCCAGUUUUGACAUCACCCGAUAUAGCAACAAUGUUCAAGGAGAAGUGGAUGCUGUUACACCCAGAAGACAAGGACAAUGUUAAUGGAGCUGUGAACUUGGACGAUAGUCUGACAAGCUUACAGUGGCUACAGGACUUCUCAAUCCUUAGUGCAAACUUAGAAAAACCUGUAACAUUUGGCCAACUCCAUCAUUUCCACCAGACUCACCCAAAACACCUGCAAGGAUCAGAUGCCCCUGCUAGUCCCCCAGCAGGGGAUACAGCAGCUAUGGGGAUGCCAACAAGUUUGGGAAAGCCAACUUCUGCGGCUACAGCAAGUCCAUUUCAGCCUCCAAACAGCCCUCCUGCUAGCCCAGCAGAAGAAAUUGACUACAAAACUAAUCCUCAUGUGAAGCCUCCCUACUCGUAUGCAACACUCAUAUGCAUGGCUAUGCAAGCAAGUAAAAAGACAAAAAUAACACUGUCAGCCAUUUACAACUGGAUCACUGAAAACUUCUGUUAUUACAGACAUGCUGAUCCCAGCUGGCAGAACUCCAUCAGACACAACUUGUCACUGAAUAAAUGUUUCAUGAAGGUUCCAAGGCAGAAGGAUGAGCCAGGUAAAGGUGGUUUCUGGCAAAUUGAUCCACAGUAUGCUGAUAUGUUCGUUGAUGGUGUGUUCAAACGGCGAAGAAUGCCUACUACUCAUUUUACCACUGUUCGACAGCAUAAGGUGUCAUCUGUUCCAGAGCCCUCCUAUGGGCCAUCUACCCAUGCAUAUCAUAUUUCACAUGGAGAUGCAACCAUUGGCCAUGCAGGAAACAGAUCACACAGCCAAAGUUUUGUUACAUCAGACACUCACCGAACAGCAAACAAGCGUAAACAACCUUUGCCAAAAAGGAAUUCAAAGGUUGCCCGUUAUUCCAAGUCUCCAUUACUAGCAUCAGAUGACAGGGAGACCGAAUCUUUGAAGGGAGAUUUUGACUGGGCUUCUGUCUUUGAUGAUGUCUUUAGUGGAAGCAGUAGCAGCUUUGAAGACCUGGACAUCAAUGCAGCUCUUGUAACUCUGGGCACAGAGUCUGACGUCGUAACACAAGGGCGGCACAACAGCACCUCUGGAAAGUGGAAUCUUACAGUGAUGGAGCCUGGUUUCACAGAUGUCAACAACCAGGCUCCUUCAUUUGAAGACUUCUCUUUCUUUUCUGAUGCUCAGCGUCACCCUUGGGAAGACAUGAAGGAAGAACUACAAGUGAAUCAAGCCCAUUUUGAGCAAAGUUUUAAUUUUUGUGAAGGAUUUUUAAAUGAAGUACAGUACUGGGAAAGAGUAGAAGCAUUUAUGUGACAACAUACUUGACUACUUAUUCCAGACGGUGUCUUUGGCAUUUUGUGACAUGCAGUCAGAGGUGAAACUGUUUUGAGGGGUGAUUUAUGCACUGAAAAUCCUGAAAAGGAUACUGAAACCCUCCUCACUCUAUCUCAAUUCAUUGAAGUCUCUUAUGCAACAGAUAUUUGGGGAAAUUUACAUUUACCAAAUACUGAAAGAUCUUCGGCUCCUCAGGAACAUGACAGAUAAGCAGACUCUGGCUUCCUGUGGUGGAUAUAAUGAUCUCAAGUACAUAACUGAACUGUGAAGACUAUGGACUCAUAAGGCAUGAUGCUAGGUAUCACCUAUUUAGGGGAAGAAGGAUGCUUUUUGUUCUUUUUCCAUUUCAGCACAGAGUGCAGCAGGCAAGGUGUUUGUUGCAUUUAUAUUCAGGGGUUUACAGAGAUACAGCUCACUUGGCUUUGCCACAUAUAAAUCAUUUUCAUAAUGCUUAGGUGAUUAUUAUAACUUCAAAAAAGGUGAUACCAUGUUUGAACUGUUUUUAAAAUUGAUAAUUUUAUGUUGGUUUUUAAUAAAUAAAAUGGCCCAAAGCCUCUCAAAGAAGGCUGCACCCAUGUUUUAUACAAAUGUGCAUCACAUUAGACAUUAUGUUGCUAAGUACUACCAGACUGAGAUUUGAUCAUUUUUUCCUGUUCAGUGCAGAAUAAAUGGCAGUGGCAUUGCUAUUUUGCAUAUUCCUCCAGAUCAUCAGAGAGGCAGUCCUUCAACCUUUCUCUUAUUUCUCAAAUCAGAGAUCAAAUUCAUAAAAGAGCUACUAUAGAGGUAACACUGUUGAGAUUUUUUUCAGUUUCUCUUCACUGUAAUCACUGCUGUCUGCACUGUACCCCACAGAGAGCAACUUGGGGAGUGCCACAAACUGAUCCAAGACAUUUGACAACACCCUAUUUUCUUAUGGAGCAGGUAUGCCCCAGCUGGGUAUAUUUUGUUACAAUGCUAAUAAUCACUAAUGUCAAAAAAAUGUUAGUUACUUUCUCUCACUGAAGAUGCCUACUCUUCAAGGGAUGUCUUAACAGAUAAAAAGGGUCCCUCCACUCCAUUUGUUGGCCAAUAAGGAUAGUGUUUUUUGAUGGACAGUCAUGAUGUAUAGACUCCAAGAGGUCACAAUCUGGUUGAUACUGUGGAGUCCUCAUUUUUCUUGAACAACAACAGCGAUGGGUAUUUUUUAAAUGUUUUCUUGUAAUAAUAUUCUAAUUUUGAACCAGGAGUUGAGAGCUCAUAAGACGCUGUCCGGUUCGAUUCUCAGCUAGAGCGUCUUCUGCGUGGUGGGCGUACUUUCGUUGAAGGUUGUACGUCAGGCCUGGCAAAC